AUGACCCCCAGCCUCACGGCCCUGCUCUGCCUGGGGCUGAGUGUGGGCCCCGGGACCCCAGAGCAGACAGGGGCCCUGCCCAAACCCACCCUCUGGGCUGAGCCAGGCUCUCUGAUCCCCUGGGGGGAACCUGUGACCAUCUGGUGUCAGGGGACCCUGGGGGCCCAGGAGUUCCGUCUGUAUAAGGAGGGAAGCUCAGUGCCCUGGGACAGAGGGACCCCACUGAUGCCCGGGGACAAGGCCCCGUUCCGCAUCCCACACCUGACAGUGGACUAUGCAGGGUGAUAUCACUGUGAUUAUGGCAGCCCCGCUGGCUGGUCAGAGCACAGUGACCCCCUGAAGCUGGUGAUGGUGACAGCCCUGCCGAGCCCCAUGGUGACCUCAGGAGGGAACGUGACCCUCCAGUGUGGCUCAUGGCAGGGAUUUGACAGGUUCCAUCUGACUGAGGAAGGAGAACACAAUUCUCGGACCCUGGACUCACAGCGACUCCCCAAUGGGCAGUUCCAGGCCCUGUUUCCUGUGGGCCCUGUGACCCCCAAUCACAGGUGGCUGCUCAGGUGCUAUGGCUACUACAACAGCACCGCCCAGGUGUGGUCACUCCCUAGUGAGCCCCUGGAGCUCCUGGUCUCAGGCCCAGCCCUGCGCCCCCAGGACUACACGCUGGGGAACCUCAUCCGCCUGGGCAUGGCCGCCUUCCUCCUGCUGGCCCUGGGGGUCCUGCUCUUGGAGGCUCUUCACAGCCACAGGAGGACCCGAGACGCGCGCGCUGCGUGCCGCUCCCUGCCGCUCCGAGCCGGGGGAGAGCCCCGAGCAGCCACACACGUUUCCAGCAGACGUCGCCUCGUGGACGACUCCCGCUGCCCUGAGGCGUCCAGGGCAGGGCCCGCAGCUACACCCCGGGUCUCCAUCGGGACGCGCCAACAUGGGGCGAUCGCCUGGAGGGAAGACGUGCCCACAAGGGGCAGGACGGAAAGAUCUGUCUGCCCUGCCGGGCUCUGUGGACUCUCAUCGUCUACACCACUGGGGGCCAUGGGAGGCAGCACCCCCACCCCGAUCCUCACAGCCCUUCUCUUCCUGGGGCUGUGUCGGGGCCCACGGGACCAGGUCCAGGCAGGGACCCUCCCCAAACCCGCCAUCUGGGCCGACCCAGGCCCCGUGGUCCCCGUGGGGAGCCCUGUGACCCUCUGGUGUCAGGGGUCUCAGCAGGCGCAGGUCUACUGUCUGCACAGAGAGGGGGGCUCUCGAAUCGAGAUUAAGACACUUCAGAACUUCAGGAACAGGGUCAGUUUCCUCAUCGAAUCUAUGGAUGCCGGCUGGGAGGGAUCGUACUGGUGUCAUUAUCGAAGCCGCCAUGGCAGGUCAAAGCGGAGCAAUUACCUGGUCCUGAAAGUGACAGGAGCGUACCCUGUACCCUCCCUCUCAGCCCAGCCCAGCCCUGUGGUGGCCUCAGGAGGGAACGUGACCCUCGCCUGCAGCUCACAGGGCACAUCACAGGGCACAUCCGGCACUUUCUAUCUGCUGAAGGAGGGAGGCGCUGACCCGCCCCAACCCAAGAGCGGGUCUUGGUACCUUCAGGGGAGACACCAGGCCCUCUUCCCCUUGGGCCCCUCGAGCCCUUCCCAUGCGGGCACCUACAGAUGUUACCAUAAUUCCAUGUCCUACCCCGGCCUGUGGUCCGCGCCCAGCGCCCCUCUGCAUCUCCAGGUCACAGGAGCAUAUGGGGAGCCCUCCCUGUCGGCGCAGCCGGGCCCCCUGGUGCCGUCUGGACACAACCUGACCCUGCGGUGCGGCUCGGGGGCCGGCUUUGGCAGGUUCGCUCUGACCAAGGACGAGGGGCACAUGGGCCCCCAGCGUCUGGACGGGCAGCACAGCCCCGACUUCCCCCUGGGCCCUGUCGCCCGCACCCACGGGGGCCAGUACAGGUGCUACAGGGGACACAACCUCUCCCACGCGUGGUCGGCCCCCAGCGCCCCCCUAGACAUCCUGAUCGCAGGAAUGGACACGAAACCCUCCCUCUCGGCCCAGCCCGGGCCCACCGUGUCCCCGGGGGAGGACGUGACCCUGCAGUGUCGCUCUGACGCCCGCUCGGACACCUUCUACCUCUCCAAGGAGGGGUCGCCUGCGUCCCCCCAGCGCCUGCGUCUGCAGGACACAGCUGCCCCCUCUCAGGCCCUCUUCACCUUCAGGGCUGUGACCUCAGCCCACGGGGGCACCUACAGGUGCUACAGCUCACACAGCGCCUCCCCCUUCCUGCUGUCACACCCCAGUGACCCCCUGCGGCUCCAGGUCUCAGCCCGGCCCCCCGGGGACUACACUAUGGGGAACCUCAUCCGCCUGGGCGUGGCCGCCUUCCUCCUGCUGGUCCUGGGGGUCCUGCUCUUGGAGGCUCUUCACAGCCACAGGAGGGCCCAGAGGCGGACCCAUGAAUCUUUAUGA